AUGAGGCACCUAAGUGAAAAUCUUUGGGUCAAUCACCACUACGGAGAACACCUCUAUCUAUUCUACAAUGCGGCAAAGGCAUAUUCUCCCGAUGAGUUUAGCGAUUAUUUUGUGGAAUUCAAGAACUACUGUCUCGAGGCAGCCUUUUUUCUUGAUCAUGAGCUUGGUUUUGAGAAAUGGAGUGGGGCAUAUUUCCCCGGCAACAGUUUUGACAUGAUGACCAAAAAUAUUGCCGAGUCGGUGAACGCUAUAUUGAUUGCUGAAAGGGAGUACCCCGUGGUAUCCAUAUUCAAUCUGAUUGCUGAGAGGUUUGGUGAAAUAUUCAGGGAGAGGCGUCCCUAUGUCCUCAAAUAUAAGGAUAACAAAUUUGUUUUCGCCACUGAAAAGAUCUUAAGAGACAAUAUGAACGAGGGAGACUCUUUCUAUAUGGAGAACGUAAGUGGGGACGAAUGGCGAUUCACAGUGUUCGACAGUGGCUGUACAACCAAGUCGACCUACUAG